GCAUUGNAGGGGAAUAAUAUAUGUGGAUCUCGAUCACUUCCAACGCUUCAAGAGAGUCAGGCAGCUGUUUCUUCUGAGAAAGGUGCAGCAUGCAACACAACUAGCAGUAAAAAGAAAGUUUCUUCAGACGAUUGGGAACCUUCUGAACCCUUUAAAGCAUCGUUUACAAUUCCACCUUAUAUACUUCCCUCGUCUGAUGCCCUCUACGAUCCUUUCACGGAUAUAGAGAAUCUAGGAGACAGAUCUCUUAAUGCUUCAUUGUCAAGUAAAGGAGAACAGGCACGGAAAAAUUCUCGCCAGCAGAAAGAUGGUGAUUCUGGUAGUGGUACCCAAGCACGGGAAUGCAAGAAUGAUGAUAAAAGCAGUUCAUGCAGUCAAAAUCAACACCAAGAAAGUGUGGCGAGAAGGAGUUUGGAAGCACAUGGAGUAGUGGAAGGGGUGGCUACUUCAGUGGUUGAUCAAAAUGAUACAACAACUCCUAGUAAAGAGAUUUCUUCGGUAGCAGCUGCAGAGAAUAGAGUUGUUUUGAAAAGGAGCAAACCUGCAGGGCAUGAUGCUUGGCAUAGAAGUGAUGGGUCUUCAUAUAAAAAGACAUUGAAAUCAGAUGAGAUAGAUGGUGAAGUGAGGUCAGAUGCAGAGAUAAAAGUAAUGAGACAAUUCCGAACUGCAGUUGUGGAAACCGUUAAAGAAAUGUUGAAACCGUUGUGGCGUGAAGGUCGUCUUACCAAAGAUGUGCAUAACAUGAUAGUUAAAAAAGCUGCGGAAAAGGUAGUAAGCGCCGCAGUCCAGUUUCAUCAGGUGCCAACUGACACCGGAUCAGUUGAUCAGUAUCUUGGUUUGUCUGCAACCAAAAUUGUGAAGCUUGUCGAGGGGUACGUUGAAAAGUACGGUAAACCCUGAGUUAUCAAACCAAAUGCCACUUUGGUGGCGAUGGCAAUGAGCUCGAAUGGACGAGAUUCUUGUAAAUUAUGUCAUCCUUUCUUUUUCGUCAAUUAGGAUUUAGUACGUACCACCUAAAUUCUUUUGGAUCUCCAUUUUCUAUCCUUUAAAAAUAAUGGAACAAGGUUGGAAGUGGAGCUUGGUGGAGGAUAUGUGUAUAUAUACAAUUGUAAAACUCUUCAAAGCUUAAAUUAGACUUUAAAAAGUUUUUCACC